UCAUUUACAGGGCCCGUAGAGCGUGUGUUUCAGAAAAAGCCAAAUUAAAUUUGCUCCAUUGAUCUGCCAGAUAAAACAUCCUUCAUUCUCUCCGCUUCUUUCUUCUUCUUUCUUUCUCUCCAUCCAUCAUCAGUCUUUCUCGCCUUCCCUUCCUUUCUCUUGUUCUCAGACGCUGUAAGUCAUGAGAGGAUCAGAGUUCAUGUUAAUCAUUGAUCAGAGCUUCAUCUUCCUGCUCUCUCAGAUCUUCAGUGUUUAUGUGCGUCACUCGCUUUCUGACGCUAUGUGCUUCUCGUUUGCUUUUAUUAACAAUGCUUUGGUUUUCCAGUGGAGGACGAUGAGCGGAUUUGUGCUCCUAUAGGAGGCUCACGAUGUUUCGUGUCUCGUCUGUGUGCGUGUCUUUAGUGUUGAUUUUAUGUGGAACGGCUGAGAAAGUCCAGGGAAAAUCAUCCAAACUGUGGCUGGAGCCACUCAACGACACGUUCCUGCAGACCGGCACGUUUCCCAGCGGGUUUCUGUGGGGCGUCGGGACCGCGGCGUUCCCGACCGAAGGGUCUUGGGAUGCGGACGGGAAGGGCGAGUCGGUGUGGGACCGUUUCACCCGUCACACGGAUCCGUCCAGCGACAGCUACGUGCAGUGGGAGGAGGAUCUGAACUCGGUUCGGUAUCUGGGAGUGAACUUCUAUGCUUUUUCUUUAUCGUGGACGCGGCUUUUCCCUGAUGGAAACCCGACGGCAAAUCCCAACCCGGCCGGGGUGCAGCAUUACCGGCGUUUGAUCGGCAGGUUAAAGGAGCUUCAGGUGGAGCCGGUCGUGACUCUGUUUCACUGGGAUUUGCCGCAGGUGCUGCAGGAGCGAUUCGGAGGAUGGCUGAACCACAGCACGGCGGACGUGUUCGCUGAUUACGCCGCGUUUUGCUUCCGAACAUUCGGUGCAGAGAUUCGGUACUGGAUUACGAUGCAUAACCCCUUUCUCCUGGCCAUCCAGGGAUACGGGACAGGCGCUCACGCUCCCGGAGUGACCGGAGACCCUGCUGACCCCUUCAUCGCUGCACACAACCUCAUCAGGGCUCAUGCUAAAGCCUGGCACGUUUACGACAAACACUUCAGACCCCAUCAGCACGGUAAAGUCUCCAUCACACUCGGCUCUCAUUGGGUGGAGCCUCUUCACGGCCAGGCCACGCCCACCAACAUGGAGCUCUGCCAGAAAGCCAUGGAGGCUGUGAUUGGCUGGUUCGCCGAGCCCAUAUAUGGAAGUGGAGAUUAUCCCGAGUCGCUGAAGGCCUCGAACCGUGGCGUAAUCCCAGAAAUCAGCGCGCAGGAGCGGCUCUGGCUGAAGGGCACCGCCGAUUUCUUCUCUCUGGCCUUCGGGCCCGAGACGCUGAGGGUGGGCCGAGGACUGGCCCGGUUCGGGCAGACGGUGAAGCUGGACCUGAGGAGCGUUCUGGUCUGGGUUCAGCAGACGUACGGCGACCCGCAGGUGCUGGUGGCAGAGAGCGGAUGGUUCUCUGACGAGUCUGUCGGAGUCGAGGACACUGUGGCCAUUUAUCUGAUGAAGAGGUUCAUCUUACAAGUCAUGCAAGCCGUUUCCAUAGACAAAGUGCGUGUGUUUGGAUACACGGCCUGGAGUCUGCUGGACGGGUUCGAGUGGAAUCACGGUUACAGCACACGGAGAGGUUUAUUCUACAUCGACUUCAGUAAACCUCAGCGCCGCAGACUCCCGAAGACCAGCGCUCAGUUCUACAGACGACUGGUCACAGACAACGGCUUCCCUGCCGAAAACACACCAAACACUGAUGGACGAUUCCCGUGUGACUUCCAGUUUGGUGUGUCCGAAUCAGUAUUACAGGUGCAUCUGCGUCCGUUCUCACCGCAGUUCACCGAUCCGCACCUGUACCGCUGGAACCUUUCGGGCGAUGGCGCUCUCACUCCCGUGAUGGGCGUCUUGCUUCAAACGCGGCCGGCGCAGUGCACGGACUUCCUAUAUAUUCAGCGGCACCUGUUUCUCCUGGGGAUCACGGGGUCGACGCACUACCGCUUCGCCCUGGACUGGACGCAUCUAGGCGACCCGGCGUCUGUGGACCCGGAGACGGUUCGAUUCUACCGGUGUGUGUUGAUGGAGCUACAUCGCAGAGGAAUCCGUCCAGUCGUGACGCUGUAUCACCCCAGCUACCGCUCACCCUCGCUGGGUUUGCCCGAAUUUCUGCACACUAACGGCGGUUGGAGAAACGCUAGCACUGUGGAGGCGUUCGUCAAGUAUGCUGCAUUUUGCUUUCGUGAAUUUGGAGCCUUGGUGCCGACGUGGAUCACCGUUAACGAGCCGAACCGGUUAACGGAAGCUUACGCAGAGGACCAGCAAAUAGUUGCACGUCACCUGCUACAAGCGCAUGCGAAAGCGUGGCACGUUUACAACGAACGGUUUCGAAAGAAACAAAGCGGGACUGUUAGUUUGGCUCUCCAUGCUGAUUGGGUGGAACCGGCCAAUCCGUUUUUAGACUCUCACAAAUCUGCCCAGCAACAGUUUAUGGCGUUCGAACUGGGGCGUUUUCUUGACCCUCUGAUUGGUGGAGGGAAUGAGGGGCGUGGCAGCACUCUGAUUGGCUUCUCUGAUGUCGAGAGGGCGGAGCUGAAAGGGACAUUGGAUUUCGUCGCUCUUAAUCACUUUACGACACGCUUAGUGUCGCCAUGGAAACAGCCGAAGCCGCCGAACCAGGAGCACGGCUGCUCGCUGAUGACCGACGCCACCUGGCCGGUGUCGCACCUGGGACAGGCGCUCGUGCCCUGGGGUCUCCGCAGGAUGCUGGGAUGGGUGAAGAAUCGCUAUGGCGACGGCCUCCCCAUCGUUAUCACAGCGUCAGGGGUGGACGAUCAGGCAGUUCAUGAUGACCAGCUGAGACAGAGCUAUAUCAGGAGCUACCUGCAGGAGGCGCUGAAAGCUCGUGAGUUGGACGCCGUCAAUCUGAAAGGGUUUUAUAUCUGGAAGCUUCAGGACCAUCAUGACCUUCAGUUCGGUCUCUUCAGCUCAGCCGCUCAUCACUCUCGACCCAAAGCGUCCGUCAGCCUGUACCGGGAGAUCAUCACCCACCGUGGCUUUCCGUCUGCUGCUAAACUGCGACCUUUGACCUGCCGGGACGCAAACAACAGGACGAGCUGCGAGCUCUGCAUGCGGAUCGCAGAGAACAAACCCCUGCUGUUCUUCAGCGUGUGCGUGUCCAUCAGCGCGUCCAUGCUCUGCGCACUCGUCAUCGUCUCUGUGGUGAGGAAGAGGAGGAGGAAGAGGAGAAGAACGCCGAUUAACGUUGGGCCGCAGAGACUCAGAGUCCAGCAGAGGUUCCCCAUGAUGAGGGUGGCACACGGGACAGGACUCCUGCGCCGUUGAACAUUACAUUUAAAGGAAUGGUUCAGUCAAACUUGAUGAUUUACUCAACCUCAGGCAAUACAAGAUGUAGAUGAGUUUGUUUCGUCAACAAAAAGGUGUCAUUCCAUCACUUGCUCACCAAUGGAUCCUCUGCAGUGAAUGGGUGCCGUCAGAAUAAGUGUCCAAACAGCUGAGAAAACAUCAUAAGUAAUCCACAUCACUCCAGUCCAUCAGUUUAUGUCUUCAGACGACAAAAGCUGCAUGUUUGUAAAAAACAAAUCUAUCAUUAAGUCCAUAAUCCAAGCAACAGUACAUUUAAGCAGAUUUUCAAUUUUGGGUGAGCACUUCCUUUAAAGGGGACAUCAGAUGCCUGUUUUCCACAAGUGGAUAUGAUUCUAUAGGGUCUUAAUGAAAAGUUUUAACGUACUUUGGUUAAAAUUUCUCAAUGGUAGAGUAAACACCACCCUGCCAACACACAUUUAUGUUCAAACACCAUGAAAAAGUGAAUUUUCCAUCCAAACUCUGCUUUAAGUAUUUAACACUUUGAUGUAUUGGCAUGAAAUUUGGUGGAAAUUAUCAUUAGUGUGUCCUAAAGAUGCCUGGAAAGUUUGAAGACAGCGCCACCUAGUGUUCAGAAGAUACAGUCUAUACCAUGUCUAUUAGAAAUCCAUCAAGGCAUUUAACUUUAUGGUUCAUAAACCAUAAUAACGCUUUUUCAGUGAAAACGUCCAUUUACUGUUGUCUCUCUCAUCAAAAUGCAGCCUCACAUUUGUUUAGGGCUGUUUUGGCUUGUAAACAAUGCUUGAUCUGUGCAGAUUUCUCUCCUGAUUCAGACCAGACCACUUUUUCACUGAAAGUGUUAUUAUGGACUGUUUUAGUUUAAAAUGUUUUAAUGAUAGAUUUGUUUCCUUUGGCCUCACAACAUGUUAACUGAUGGACUGGAGUGGUGUAGAUUACUUGUGGAUUAUUGUGAUGUUUUAUCAGCUGUUUGGACUGUCAUUCUGACGGCACCCAUUCACUGCAGAGGAUCCAUUGGUGAGACAGUGAUGGAAUGACACAUUAUUCCAAAUCUGAUGAAAGAAACCAACUCAUCCUAAUCUUACAUGGCCCGAGGGCGUGCACAUUUUCAGAAAAUGUUAAUUUUUGGUAGAACUGAUGCUUCAAACAGGAAAAUAUGCAUUAACAAAGUGGAAUUUCAUCCUAAACACUGCACAUAAUUAAACAUCAAAUAUCUCCAGAUUGACUGUGAUUGUGUCACAAAACACAGCAGUUUCUUGUUCAGUGUGGACACAUGUCUGUCACAUUGCUUCUAGAUCAGAGUUAAAACACUGGCAAACACAAUGCACUUUAAAAUGCACACAUAUACGUACAGCCAAAAGACCUGAAAAGUUACAAUCCCUAACUAACCCUAAAGCCGGUAAACCCUGUAACUUUCACACCAUAUGUGCAAGAAUACAAGAAAAGCGUUUUUUUUUCCAUCCAAAACAAUAGCCCCACCUCAAAAUACGACAGUAUACAGCUCAAAUAGUGCACAUUUUUGCUUUAGCAAAAAUACAAGCAUCACAUUUCUGCUUUAAACUCACCAGAAUGAUUCCUUCAGUUAGUCCCGUUGUAAAUGCUUGACUUAAGAUGCUGUCUUGGACCCAGAGUGCUGUUUUUAGGAAGAUUUGUGUAUAUUUUGUGUAAGAUUUUUGGAGGAACUGUAUCUGUCCUUGCAGAAUCAUCCAUCAGGAGGGGCUGCUGCAUCUGAAUUCACAUUGAUUCGAAUGAUUAAUGCCUGAGUUUUACUUUUUGAUGGACUUUGACUGAUUAAAUUUGACUGAAUUUUGAAAGUGAAAGAGAAAUGGGGUGGCUGAAGGAAAAGAGAAGUAAUUUAAUGAUGAAUGUGUGCUGUAUAUUCUGUAAUAAUGUAAAUAAUAUUAACAUUAAAAAUAUUGUUUGAAACUG